UCUCUCUCUCUCUCUCUGGCCUUUUAUGUACAGUAAAUAGCUGGUACCUGUACCGAGUGACCCUCUCUGGUCCGUCCUCCUCGUCUUGUCGCUUCAUCAACCCUUCUCUAAGCUCUCUCUCUAUCUCUCCCUAGUUAUUGGCCUCACACAUCCUUCGAGAAAGUAACCGACCAUAAUGCCGGACCCAAUGGACGAGGCCCACAAGGAUGAGAAAUGUGAUGUAUGUGGUGACAUUGGGGUUGUGGAUGCAAUUGCUACUUGUUCUCUGUGCAAAAUCAACUGUGAGCAUUGUUAUUGCAUGAGAACCUAUUAUGAGCAUGCCCCCUCAGGUUGGCAUUGUGAAGCAUGUACAUUGAACAAUAUGAGAAUUUCGCCACCAUCUGACAUCAAGGGGGACUUGCCUAUGGCUUCACUGUCAAAAUCCUCUAAAGCAGGUUAUGGUAAUGCAUUUUCUGCUGGUCUCGACAAACUUUCUAAUGAUUCAAGCAAAGGUUGCAUUGACUGGGAAAAGAAGGUUGAGAAAGGGAAAGUUAAAUAUCUCCCUGUUGAACUGGCCAUCAUGCUAUCUUCAGGAGCGAAGAAAUGUGAAUACCCUGAAAAGAAUAAACGGUGCUCAAGCCCUGGUUCAUCAAAAAUGAUGACGUCAAUGUUGGGCAUGGCUUCCAUGAAACUCAAAGCUAUCCCUCCAAAGUUAUUGUCGCCGAAGAUCAGAGCAAAUCCUAGUUUCGCACCUUCUGGAUUUUUGAGGCAUCCCGGAUGUGUCAAUUUCCAAACCAAUUCGAUGGUUCAGCCUCAAGUAAUGCAAUCACCAAAACAACUAGAAGGAAAAGAUGCAGUUGUAGCUCAUUCAAAGGCACACAUAUACAAAAAUCAGCCUGUGGAUACCCUAAAUCCUGCUGAAGAAAUUGAAACCAUCAAUACCAGAGUGCAUAAUUCAAUGAGUAAAGCGUCGCUUACAUCUUCGCCAUCCAGGAAUUGCCCACCUUUUCUUAUUUCAGGUGAUGAUGGUGUUUGCACUAAGGUGGAUAGAAGGACUUCUGAAUCUCCAAAUGGGAAUUUGAUGAAUAUUCAUUCUAAAGUCGAGAAAUUUCUUCCAAGUGAUCCUGCUCUAGAUGCCUCCUGGAAGGGAAGAUUCAAACUUACUGAUAAUCUCAAACAAGGGGAACUAAGUGAUGGAAUCCAGGCCCAUCCUCCUUCCAGAGUUCGUUGUAAGGUCUAUGAGUUCUCGAAGAAAAUGCCUGAAGUUCUUCAGUUUGAGCUGGUUCCACGUAUCAAUCUCUGGACAGAUUUAUUCCAGGAUGACUGUCCAGACAAAGAGGACAUAGGACUAUAUUUUUUCCCCAGUGGGAGAUAUGAGAGCUACAUCUCCCUCCUGGAGUUCUUGGGACAUCAAGAUUUAGUCAUGAGAAACAUCAUGAAUGAUGUCGAGCUGUUCGUACUCACAUCUAGACUUCUAGAUAUGGAUUCUCAAAGAUGGAAUGGGAAAUACUUCCUAUGGGGAGUGUUUCACCAUGUGAAAAAGGAUGAUGCUGUUGGCAUGGAUAAUAUGAAAUUCACGUUCUUAGUUCAUCCUUCAAAUGGUGUCCAUGGCAGUCAUGUUGAAGGGGAUGAGUCGGAUGACAGUCAGGUGAUUGACAUGGAAAUUGACAUGCUAGGUGGUGAAAAUGUGGGACCAGUUGAUAUCGCAAUUUCACAGAAGUCAUUGAAGAGGGGCAGUGAACAUCAUAAGGAAGAACCAGCUACUCCAAUCACCUCGGAUUCUACUCUUCAACGGGCUACACUAGAUGUUGGAAUGGAGUCAUGCAGUGACAUUCCUCCAGGUUUCGAAAGUGUUUGGCAGAGAGUUGGGAUAACCAGCUAGACACACUAUCAGGGAUGAAACCACUUAUGGUUUGGGGAAGCUGCCAGCACAGCAAAGGAGGACCAGAAGUUCUUAGCCUCAAUUUCAUACUGAAUUGCAACAUGUACAGGUUUACAAUAAUUGUUAACUGCAAUGUACAGAUGAAGCCUUGAUGUGCAGAUAGCAAGUGCCCCAUGUGCCACUAACACUGUUCUUUCACACUAUACUUGUAGAUC